AUGGCAGGGUGGAUGCUACACGCACUCUCAUGGUUGUUGGGACUAUUCCAACUAAUCAGUGCAGCUGUCCUGCCGCGAGAUGUGACCAUUACUGUUCCUGAUGGAAUCACAUACUCCGCUGCCAAACACCUGCUCUGCGUGCCAACAACCUGGAGCGAUGUUGCUUCAUUCUUCCUUGGGAAUUACCUAUCUCACGCAGCCACUGUGGUAUCUUUUCCAGGCGAGUCGAAAUACGUCCUCAUCAUGAAUAUGGCGCUCGCUAUUGUCUUUCCGGCAAUGGGUGCAGCGCGCGGUCUGGUGGCCAUCGUGAGACAUGCCGCAACAAUUUCAGACCCGGUUCAGCAAGCGCUUCGCUCACGCGCCCUGUGCAUGGUAGUUCGCUCGCAGGAUUGGAAGCCGCAGCGUGAUGAAAUGAUGCAUUCCCUGGCGUAUGUCCCGAAGGAGCUACGGGAGGAUGAGGACGGUUGCAAUGGAUAUACCCUACUCGCUAAGCAUGCUCAGUCUGUCACAGAACAUGAAAAGAAACUCAAGCAACAUCAAAUUCAGGUGGACAUGAAAGUAGAGACGCCACCAUGGGUAGCAUCAGCUGUCGACGAUGUCCAUCUAGAGGUGGUGCCACGACAUUUUCAGAUCUUUGGCACGUAUCACUUGCCGCCGGGAUAUGAGCUAGCAUACGUGCCCCCCACGGCCCUUGUUCGGACGUUGUCAGACAUCAAAUACUCCCUCUUCUCAUCCUACAGCAUGGGGUCGGCUGUGAUCGCCAUCAUCCAGAUCAUAUAUGCGUCGGUGACCUUGUACAGAUCUCGGGGGAACCAGGUCACUCAGUAUGGGUACGCGUCGUUUGCUUUCACCGUCGUUCCAUACCUGAUCAUGUCGUUUAUCAACAUGCUCGGAAACCUGGUUACUCCGGCCUAUGCUAGUAUGUACAUGGUGCACUCUGAGAUGAUGGAUGAGGCAUUGAAUCGUGGUGGUCAGUUUCAGGGAAUGGUGGGUAGAUUGGAGUCUGCUCCCCCGAGUUCUUCAGAGUUCGCUGUAUUUUCCGGUUCAUUCGAGCAAGACAGUAAGAGUGAUGAUGAUGGAUGGAUUUUCAAACCAGAAGAUGCAGAGGACCAGCUUGCCGGCGAUAGUGAGACGUCCGUGAUUGUUGAGCCGAAGGAAGCAACGCCAAAGAAAGAAGCACCAGAGCAGAAUGAUGAGUCUCCGGAAGGUACCACGACGAACCGCAAGUCUCGCACGGCAACAUGGUUUGGUUCAAUAUUCCAUUCAAAUCAGAAGCAGUCAUCCUCGGAGACAGACGAUAAUGAGAAAAAUCCCGCCACACGCGGCCUAAUCAUAUGUCCAAGCUGCUACAAGUUCAAAGAGACAGCGAAGCGGUCUAUUUUGACUGCAAACCAUCCCGACCAGUACCCAUUACCAGGCUAUAUCCUUUAUCGACUCACACUCCUUGUCAUUUCUGCACUUCCCCUAGCCGUCAUCGGCGGCAUGUCUCAUUUCAAAGCAGGUCCUUCCAGCACCGUCGCGCAACGAGCUUGGACCAUGUCCUGGCUAGCGGUAGGAUCCGUGGUAGGAGGUUUGAAUGCUUCUCAUACUCUUGCGAAGAAGAUGCAAUUCGUCAAGGAUGCACGUGUCCAUGGUCACUUUUGGUCCAAAUUGGCUGAAACUAUCGGUUUCAUACUUAUUCUACUCGCGCUUGGGGCGCCGGCAAUUGGCGGCUUUGUGGUCGUGGCACAAAUGCUGCGCGACUAUGGGUCUUGUCAACUGUUAGGAUAG